AUGCCACCAAAGAAACAGCGCGACAAAGACGCAGUCGACAAGCAAGUACCGGACAACGUGAUGAUCGAGCCUCGAUCUACGCCGACAAUGAAGCACGAUCCAGUGUUAGCCAUGAACGAUCACAAAAAGCUCAAGAGCACGAUCGAGAAGCACAGCCGAAAGAUUUUCGAUACAGUCGACGAUCUGCGCAAGUUUAUCAUGCACAGCGACGGCAACGACAAGGAAGUGUGCGCGUCCGUGCGCACCAAGACGCGUCUUCUUUGGAUGGCGUCCGACACAGUCCGAGGUCUACACUUUUUACGGCUCUACUUUGGCGAAUAUCAGGCGCCAGAACCGUUGCAGCAGCAACAACAGGUCUUCAAGCAAGCGCAACAGGACGACCCAUUCGUAGCAAACCAAUUCCUCAUCUCUGUCUCACUACUCAAAGUGAACAUCGACGACCCCAAGCUUCCACGUCCAGGAGAUGUAGUGAUGAUCACACCGUACAAACGCAACGUCUACCGCAACUGCUGUCAAAUUGAUGCCAAACUGUACGGCCUCACUAAGAUCAACAUCUCGUGA